GGUUGACUUUUGAUUUUCGACCAUAUUAGCUCGAUGGAAAAUAUAAUUCAAAUGAUCCCAAAACACUGAAUCUUCUUUCAAGUUUAUUUCCCCCCACUCUAAAGUUAUUUAUCUAACAAGUUAAAGAUAGUCGGGAAGAGACGUUAUUUCCUCACGAAUUGAAUGUGUUGUUAUGGCAACGGAUCUGUCCUCUGUGUUGUUGCUAUGGACUGAAGAUCACAACAAACCAGCUGCAAACAGUUCGUGUUGAUUAACUUGUUCUGAGUUUUUUAGAGGUUACAUUAAAUUAAAACAUCGUCGCAUUCAUGGCCCAUUACAGAGCCUCAGAGUCGAAGAGAGAACAAUUUAGAAGAUAUCUGGAGAAGUCUGGAGUCCUUGACACUAUAACAAGUGUUUUAGUGGCACUUUAUGAAGAGACUGAUAAGCCGAAUAAUGCACUGGAUUUCAUAAAGCUUCACCUUGGAGCAUCUGGUCCAGAGCCAGCAGAUGCUGAGGCUCUUCGCAUGGAGCUGUCUGAUCUACAGCAGAAGUGCAACCUGCUCAUGGAGGAGAACAAAGAGCUGAGAAACAAGCUGAUGCAGUAUGAACCAUCGCCUGAGGAGGGAGCAGCGGAGUAGAAGGGAGGGGUUUGUGCUGUCAGAAAAUAUUAAACAGAAACAUUUUUUGAGUAUGUAAAUCUUUAUUACAUAGUAAUGGAUGUACAGUGAGCACAAAAUCACUGUUAAUUUUUGUUAUAUAACAAGGAGCAGGUUUUGCUUUCUC